AGGGGGUUUAAUUAAGAGAAGACCCAUGAUCGCCGCAAUAGCUCCCUAUCAGAGCCUCCUCCUUAAACCUAUCUCUCUCUCCUAAAACCCAUUAGAGAGAGAAUAGAAACCCAAUCUCUAGAGAGAGAAACAAUGUUUGCCGGAAUUGUUAAAAAUGGCCUCAAAAAAUACACCUCCGGCGUCUACAUAUAUAACAAUCAAUCAAUCAAAGCCCCCAUAUUCAAGAACGAGCUGUACAGAAUCAACGAGUCAAGAGCUUUUGUCACCCGUUCUAAGAACAAACUGGGCUUUUCAAAUUUGAUAAAUUCACGUUAUUGUUCAACGACGUCGUCUUCGUCAAAAAAUGGGUUCGUGGGGUGGUACUUGGGGUUGAUAAAGUCACGCCCAAUCCUCACAAAAGCUGUUACUUCUGGAAUUAUUUAUACUGCUGCUGAUUUUUCAUCUCAGAUGAUUUCUCCGCAAACUACAAAGCCUUAUGAUCUAGUGAGAACACUGCGCAUGGCUAGCAUUGGGUUAAUUUUUGUUGGACCAUCGAUGCAUUUUUGGUUCAAUACAGUAUCAAAGGUCCUCCCAAAGCGUGACAUUGCCACGACAUUAAUUAAAAUUGUUAUGGGUCAGACAAUUUUUGGACCAGCAAUGACUUCAGGUUUCUUCUCGGUGAACGCUGGGUUGCAAGGUGAAAGUGGUCCAGAGAUCAUUGCCAGACUAAAGCGAGACCUGGUCCCUACAAUGAUAAGUGGUGUCAUGUACUGGCCCUUUUGUGAUUUUGUGACAUUUAAAUUUAUUCCUGUUCAUUUGCAGCCAUUAGUAAGCAAUUCAUUUGCGUAUCUGUGGACUGUGUACUUAACAUACAUGGCAAGCUUAGAGAAACCAGAUGUCACAUAAGUCCAAUUAUAAUCCAGGUUUUCUAGAGCUUUGUAUAGUUUUGUUUUUGCAAAAUUCCAUCACCUCUUGUGAAAUUUGAUUAUCACACCCUGUAAAUUGUGGAUUCUGGUAGAGGCCAUGGUAGAAGUGCAAUAGAAGCAAAGCUAGAUAAGCCCACGUCUACUCGAUUAAACAGGCACCCUCGUAUUGGUUCUGUAAUUUAUAUUUUUUUUACUUUUCUAGAGUAUGUUCUUAGCAAUUUAUUUGAAAUCAACUCAGUAUUUAUGCUGUACAACUUGCACUGCAGAUCUGAACUUCAACCUUUCUGUACUAGUGGAAUAUAAACAUAAGUAUCAUAUAUCAUUGAUUUGAUUCAA